AUGAACCAGAGCCCGCCAAAUGCUCAACCCGUACUGGGUCCUCCCAUCCCUGGCGGCUCAUUUGCUCCGUUAUCAGUGAGGGGACCUUUGGCUGGAGGUCGCCAGAUCACCCGAAACCGCGCGAGCUACAGCUGUCACACGUGUCGGCGUCGAAAGGUCAAAUGCGACAAGACACAUCCGAUAUGUGGAAACUGCGUGAAGAACAACACCGAGUGUAUAUAUGAUGUGUCAUCCCAAAAAGAUGAUGAUGGACGCGAUGGCUCUUCCCAAAAUACGCAUGGCGUUAAACGAAGGAGAGGGAUGCCCCGAACAUUGGAGGAAGAUGUCGACGAGCUCCAGUCGCUUUACGGACAGUUGAAGCGGGCAGAGUCGACAGGCGAAAUGCCCGACCCAAGCGCCAUUGAAUCGCGACUCGACAAGCUUAUGUCAAUGAUUGAGCGCCUCGGGGGGAGCGACGAAGCCCUCGAAGACGUGGGGAUUCAGGCAACGGCCCCGGAUGCGAAAGUGGAACCCAUACAGUCGGCUGACCCAGGGUGGACCGAUGGUCUGAACGGAAACAAAGCACCGUCAAGAUCUACCAGCCCGCGUCCCAUUGCAGCAGAGUCGAGUAAUGACGAAUUUCCGAUCCCAUCCGGUCAGGCUACCGAUCUAGUAGACCCGGUUGGCAGUCUCAACUUGGGCCAUUUGAGCCUAGAGGACGGUGGAAGGUCAAGAUAUGUUGGAACCACGUAUUGGGCUUAUAUUUCUGGCGAAAUCAAUGAGCUCAAUCAAUUGCUAAGAGACCAAAAUAGCUCACAUAAUCAGUCUGCUCCUGAAAAGAAUAAUGAAGACAUAACAGAUCUGCAUGCCAAUGAUCGACAGCCAUGGAGAGAAUCAAUAGGCAGCUCGACACCUUCAGUCGCGCCUAGGCCUUCUUCCUUCCAACAAUCUAGAAUCUUCCCUUCAGGUGACUCUCCCUCGGUCAAUGAAAAUGUGGUGGAGCCAGAAAUGCUUGAUCACAUUCCAACGAGACGGCAAAGCCAUAUUCUUUACAAAGGAUUCAUUUCCGGUGUACACGCCAUCAGUCCUAUCAUUCACCCUCCAACUAUCCUCAAGCUCUACAAUUCCUUCUGGGAUUGGUAUGACUACAGCAGCUAUUCGGGAGAGUCAUGCCCAAAUCCAUCAUUCAUUCCAUUAUUGUACGCCAUAUGGUAUGGCGGCUCAGUGACGAUUUCAAUCCGAGCGAUCAAAGCUGAAUUCAAUGUGUCCUCGCGGUCGAUCCUUUCGACAAUAUAUACCGAAGAAGUUACCAGAUGGCUUACAAAUAUCAAAUUUCCGCGCAGCCCUUCACUUCAAGGCCUCGCUGCUUACCUUAUCGUACAGACAAUUGUCACGAAAGAGGAAGAGCCUUUGACGAGUAGUCUCUUUGUUAGUCUCGCAAUGAGGGUUGCGCAAACCAUGGGCUUGCAUCGGGACCCAGCUAAGUUUGGCAUAGAGCCAUGUGAAGCUGAGUACCGGCGCCGUUUAUGGUGGCACAUUAUGCACAUGGACGGUGUCGUUGCGAUGUCAAGCGGUCUGCCUCCACUUGUCAACGACGAGAAUUAUUGGGAUGUGUGCGAGACGAGUGAAAUGAAAGAUACGAUGCUAGGUAGCCCCGCUGCAGAGUCCUACAUGAAACGGGUUGCUUCGGGGGAGCGGCUUCCUGAUAAUCCAGAUGAUCCAACUAUUUGCGGCGGACCAUCAAUGGUCAACGUCUACUACCUGACCGCAAGGGGGAAAUAUACCAUGGCUCGCGCUGUCCGCCGAAUAUUAAAAAUCCAGCUUGGAAUAAAGCCCCUCACCAGGCAGGACAUGGAGGAGCUUCGGUCAAUACUUCUUGACUUGCAGCUGAAACUGAAUUCCAUCAUCAACAGGAUUCCAGAGGGGAAGGAUGUUGAUAACCUGUCAACGCCAGGCCGAGCUUUUUCUAUGUCCAAGUCCCCCGAUGGCCGCUCUUCCGACACAGAGCUUCCAGGCGAAGGUCCCACCGGAUGCCCAGAACAGUAUCACUCACCAGUUCUUGUUUGCUUCCAUAAAUGGGCGAAGAUCAUUCUUUCUUUGUAUAUUGACAAGGCCUUCUGCGUGGCCUACCAGCCUUUUCUGAAAAACGCUCGCAGCCGAAUUUGGCCAGCAGCACGCCAGAGUGCACUUCGCCAUUGCCAUGGUUUCAUGGAAAAGUUCAUCCAACUGGCAACGGAUCCUGAUUUCCAACCUUUUCAUUGGAGCUGGCCUGGUAAUCAUCAACCAAUGCAUGCUACUAUGAUCAUGCUUAUUGACCUAUAUGAGCGACCUUACAGCCCUGAAGCAUCCAGGUCCCGCGCGUUCAUCGACAGCAUACUCGCACUUUCCGGCCCAGACGGAGGCGUCGUAGGUGGUGAAGAUGGUGUCUCAACACAACGGCCAUUGAAGGACGGUGGCCGUGAAGCCUGGGAUAUGAUCCGCCGCCUUCGCCAGAAGGCUUGGCAAAAGGCUGGCCUCAAUCCGCGAAUGCUCUGGACCGAACAAGACCAGAUCCAGGCUGGUGUCACUUCGCCAGUUGACACUCGCGGGGAUGGUGACUCUCCUUGCUCAGAUCCCUCUCAGGCCGGGUCUCCAGGUUCAGCAUCGGCCGGCCAUCCCUCAACAGACGACCCUCAACCCAGCGAUUUUGUCAAAACAUUCUACAACCUCACCCGCUCCCACACGUUCUCAAAUCCUGUUACCCCGGAUGCUACUAAAAGUCCCCUACGAUACGAAUACCAACCCCGGGAUAAAUCCUUACCUCCAGUCUCGCAUUCCCAAUUUCAUCCUAACCCCGCCGAUAAUCCCACAUCUCUCCGCAUUGGCGCGUCUUCACCCAAUAAUACGGAUUCCUUGUUUGCUGCACCUCCACCGACACAAUCCCCUGCAUCCACCGCCCCCGCCCCACAUGUUCAGCAUUCAGAUCCCGAUAUUGCUGCUUCUGGUGGCGUGUCCUUCAUGGACCCUGCGUCUUCUAAUGUUUUACCUAUGGGAGUUCCCACACCGCCAUCGAUGGUUGACCCCAACCUCAACUUCGACUGGGACCAGUGGGAUGCUGUGUUCGGGCAACAUCUUCCUGUCGCAGAUGAUCUGAUGGAAUUGGAUCCCGUUUCGGGUCUUGAUUUCACCCAUGUUGGAACUGCCUCAACGUUUAAUGGCACUAGUCCCGUCGACAUGCCUAUUUCAUAUACCAAUGGUCUUCCACUUCCAGACUCCUCUCCAGGAGGGAAUUUCACUUCAUGGAAUGGAAACAAUGGAGCUGAUUGGUCGGGAUAUUCUUAA